CACCCGCUGCUUUCCCCAGAUUUUCUUCCCCAACCUGCAAAGCCAAGCAAUAUUCAACCACCUUCACCAUCCUCAUCUCCAGCGCAGCGCAUGUGCAGUGGCACUAAUCAGGCCAAAGAGACACACUUAAUACCGGCUUCUUCCUGCCCUUGGGCCCCCUCGACGUUAUCUAUUCUUGGACAGCCCGCCCUCUCUGGAGAUAAGGCUCCCCACACCGUUGAACACCUUUUUCAAACCUAAAACGAGGGUAAACGAACUCUAUCUCGUCGACCAGCAGCCUCUCUCCUUCUCUCUCACACACACAGAGAGAGAAAUCAAUUUCUUCGUCCCCCUUCUUCCAUAUCUUGUCUCUCCUGCGAUAGACCUGGGUCAUCCAGACGUCAGGGCGUUCCUAUGCAACGGUCACAGUCAGCAGUAGAUUUUCAAAAUCUGCUGAAUCCCGAGAGCACUGCUCAGGAUCAUCACCACGAGCAGGACACUGGCAGCGGCAGUACCAGCCACGACAUGGCUUCUGUCUCUGUCCUACGGCCCAAUGGGCCCUUGCCUACGGGCCAGCCUGCAUCCUCAGAGGGCAGCGCCAACAACGAACUGCCGCGGCCCUACAAGUGCCCUCUCUGCGAUAAGGCCUUCCACCGUCUCGAGCAUCAGACGAGGCACAUCAGAACCCACACGGGCGAGAAGCCCCACGCCUGCAACUUCCCAGGCUGCAGCAAGAAGUUCUCCCGCUCCGACGAGCUCACCAGGCACUCGAGGAUACACAGCAACCCAAACUCGAGGCGGGCCAACAAGAACCAGCAGGCCCACCAGAUGCUUUCCGGCAGUGUCCAGCAUGGCGAGAUGAUGCCACCCCCCACUCCCAAGAAUAUCCGCUCCGCUCCUCCUUCCUCGCUGUCGUCGCCCAACGUCUCGCCGCCUCACUCCUUCUCGCAGUUCGUCCUGCCCACAGCCCAUGGCUUCCCACCUCUGCCACGUGGCCUGCCCUCGAACCCCCAGGGCGGGCCCAUGGAUAUCUCCAUGCUUGCCAAAGCUGCGAACCAGGUCGAGCGGGACAACCUGAUGGCGCCGUCUCCGAGCCACCACUCGUCGAGAUUCCAUCCUUACUACUCGCACAGCGCCCAGGGGUCUCGCGGCAACCUGCCCUCGCUGGCUGCCUACCAUAUGUCGAGGUCCAACUCCCAGGAUGAGCACCAUGACGAUCACUACUCUCACACGUACAGGCACGCAAAGAGGUCGAGGCCCAACUCCCCCCAGUCGACAGCUCCGUCGUCACCCACCUUCUCCCACGACUCGCUGUCCCCCACGCCUGACCACACCCCUCUGGCUACACCAGCCCACUCGCCACGCCUCCGGCCGUCUUACCAGGCCACAUACGAGCUCCCCCCCUUCAGGCAGCUGUCGCUGGGCCACCACACCCCAGCGUUGGCUCCUCUUGAGCCUCAGCCUGAUGCGCAGUUUUCCCCCGCCCCGACGACUGGAACGGGUGCGAGGAUUGGUAUGUCUCUCUCGGACAUCAUGAGCCGGCCGGAUGGAACCCAGCGGAAGCUGCCUGUCCCCCAGAUGCCCAAGGUGGCCGUACAGGACCUCCUGUCGCCCGAAGGUCUCAACGCCAGUGGUCGCAGCUCUUCAUCCAACAGCGUUGCGGGCGGCGAUCUCAUGGACCGCUCCUAG